AUGGGAUCUGGUUCAUCGAAGCCGAAGGAUCGUCCUAUCACCGGUAGCCCUGCGAUGCAUGGGAAACGAACGGCGCUCUUCAAUGGCCUUCUCUACCGAAUCAUUGAUGAUAGCACGGGUACGUGGGGCUUCUACAAUAAUUCCCAGGAUUACGAGUUUUAUGUCAUGUAUCUGUUUGACAUCGGCAGCACAAUACAGCCGCUUAACCAGACCUCAAUGGUAGAGCAGGACGACGGUUUCCUCUGCGAAGUGGCGGUGCUCCCGUCCGAAACACAGAGGUUCAUCGUGGGCGAUGUGACGGGAUACGAGAGCAAAAUUGAGGCGCGCCCGCUGGCCGAUGAGUACUUCCAGUCUCACCCUUUUCUCGACGAACGUGAUUACUACCGCCGCGUCGCCGCUCCCAGAGCUGCUGCAUUUUAA